GCCGUCAUCAUUUAGAAACAGGAAGUAGGCUGACAGCGUUGGAGACAGAUCGCUAACCGGAUUUUGAGUUAUUGUUGUUGUUAAACCGACUCCGUUAAAAAAAAAAACGACGAGACAGCCGAUUAUCCUUGUAGAGAUACACGUACGUACAUUUUGGUGAAAAAGGGAGUCGCAAUGAAAGUCAUAGUUUUCUCCUUGGCGUAUUGUUUACUGACCAUUUGGUCGGUCAGAUGUGUGGGUCUUAGCAAAGAGACGGAGGAACAUGGGAACGGCACAGUGACUGUUACUACUCACAAACCCGCGAGCACUAAAAACACCACGAGCCGCACUUUAAACAAUCUGAACCUGGACGGCUCUAUGAUCCAAAGGGCUUUGUACGUGCUUAUCGGCAUCACCAUUAUAGGAGUGCUUUAUUUCCUUGUUCGGGCAGUCCGUCUGAAGAAAUCUUCUACACCAAGAAAAAAAUAUGGACUUCUGGCAAACUAUGACGACACGGUGGAGAUGGCACAGCUGGAAAGUGAUGAAGAUGACAACACUGUGUAUGAAGCCAAAUCACUGAGAAGAUGAGUCCCGAGAGCCAAGAGGACAAGAUGAUGAAGCAAUAAAGUGGAACGGACCAAAAAAUGACCAAAAAGAGCAUCUCGGAGUUAAUUGGUUGAAAGAUGGACCUCGGGCUGUGGUGUGUUUGGAUCUUUGGUCCUGUUUUAUAUGAAAACUGCUUACCACAAGCUUCCGCUGCUGUGAAACUGUGCAAUGAGUUCAGUACCAGAUCAUUUCCCGGAGGUGCCAUGAUCUAUUUGUGUGUGUGUGUGUGUUUUUUUUCCCCCACCUUCAUCUUUACUUUCAAUGAUUUUUGCUUUCAUUUUCCUUUUUUUUCUGUUUUACCGUCAGUUCAACACCAGCGUGUUACAGCAUUCUGGAGCGUAUAGCAUAAUAUAACAGAGCUGCACAUUAUUAAUACGAUAUUACGUCCGUACUGCUUUUCAUUAUAAUCUCAGUAGUGCAGUAGUGAGUAUGGGGAUAAACGAACACCACACUGUGCAGCUCUGUGACACGGCCGCUUCUGGUUUCGAGCAUCAGGACGUCUCGAACACACUAAUACAUCUUGAUUACUUAUUGCAUUUAAUACACUUUUCAGUAUACAGAACAGAAAAUGAAACACAAAGUUUAGAAGUUAGAUAUGCUGCAGAACAUGUUUGGUGAAAAUGACAAAACUUUUCUGCAUUCCGGGCAAAAAGGGGUUGAGGUGGUUGUUGUUCCUGCUUUCACUACUGAAAAAUAUUGAUUAAAUAUUAAAAAAAUAGGAAAAGGCGUGUUGCUUCUUCAGUCUUAUCAGUUGUUUAUCUUUCUAUAUAUAUAGAUAUAAUUAUUGCAAAAUUUAAAAUCACAAUACUGUGCUUUCCUUUGUCCCUGAGUGUAGUAUAAAUAAAAUAACUGUUUGUUUUUGUUUAUUUACGUUUUUAAUAUAUGCUUAAAGUAAUCUUGCACGCCUCAUUACAUUUUUUUAUUGAUUUUUCUUCACCGGCAGAACGAAUGAAAGUGUGGUGAUCAAUUAAAAACAUGAGGGUGUAUUAUUAUUAUUAUUAUUAUUUUCUUGUUUUUUAAAGCUGAAUAUUUGCUUUUCCAUGCACUACGACUGGCUUCGACUUCUGUUUUAUGUCCUGUUCAUUUCCUUCACUCUGCAUCCAAAACGUUUUUUCUUCCUUCCUUCCUUCCUUCCUUCCUUCCUUCCUUCCUUCCUUCCUUCCUUCCUUCCUUCCUUCCUUCCUUCCUUCCUUCCUUCCUCCCUCCCUCCCUCCCUCCCUCCCCUCUCUUUCUUCCUUCCUUCUUUCCUUCCUCCUUUCUUCUGAACGUUCUUUCUUGCGAAUCUUCCUUUCUUUCGAGUCUUUGACCAUGACACGUUUCCAUUUUUCCUUUUCCUCUGUUCGGUGAAAGUAGCCGUAUCUCUCAGUCUCGAGCUGAAAUAAGAGUGGAGCUCGAUAUCGAUUCGACUCUUCAGUGUUUUUUCCGUGUGCUUGGUGGCAUGAGGGGGAAAAAAUGAGAGGUCAAUAUUUGGUGUUUAAAGAAAUUUGUGCCUUUAAGUGUUUUCUAUUCAGACGAACUGUAAUUCAAAGCGAUCUGUGCGAUCUCGACGUGGUUCCUGCAUUCCUGUAUUUUGAGAGCUUUAAAUUUCUGUGUAAAAAGAAGUAAAAAAAAAAAAAAAAAAAAAAAGAUUUCAUAUGUAAUAUAUUUCUAAAGCAACCUUUAAAAAGUGCUAUAAAUGAGUGGAAUGUUGAUUACCUGACAUGUUUUUUGUCAAUAUUUUGUUAUUAAAGCUUAUAUAAAUCGA